GGAUUGUGGAUUGAAGCAGUGAUUGGAGGAUAUGUUGGGAUUGAGGACUGGAGGAGGAUGGGAAACAAACAGGGAGUGUUAAGAGAGGCCGCAGUGUUCAUGUUAAACGCAACCAUAUCACAAAAUUGAUCGAAUAAACGGCGCGUUUUGCGGAAUGUGAGGUGUAACUCGCGUGCAGGGAAGCAGAAGACAAUAUUUCCAGCAGAUUUUUCCUAAAAACACCCCGCAUCUAUCAAAUCCAGCAUGCGGCAUUUUCACGCGCUAAUCGUGGAUCUGAAAUGGACACAAAUGAGACACUGACAUAUCUGUGAUAUCUCCUCACGGUGAUUCUGACUGGAUUGGUGCACAAAGCCCUUAGUUCUUCAUUCAUGCACAUAUCACACGGAUAUACUGAAGAUCAUCUGUUCGUCUCUUGUUUGGGGUUUAUUUUAUUGACAGUAACGGACUCGUUCAGUCACAGUGAUUUCAGCAUCACAGCAUGUACCCCCCAUCCAAACAGCUGAUGCCCACAUAGAGGUCUCUGAACAGACACCCUCUGGCUGCAGAGGAUGCUGGGAAUGUGUCGUGGGCGCAGGAAGUUUGUGGCUGCCUCCCUCGCCCUGAUCUUUAUUCCGGCCCUCACCUGGCUCUAUCUGUCAUCUGCAAACUUCACAGUCAAACCGCUGCCUCUGUCGCCGUUGGAUCCUCAGUCAUCUGUGCUGAUCGGUGCGGCCGCUGAGCAUCAGGCUUUGGAGCUGCGGCUGCGAGAAGUAGAGGAACAUAACCAUGCACUGCGGAGAGAGAUUAGCCUGCCGCCCAGGGUCCCGACCCAUAGCAGUCAUCAUAGCAAUGGUCGCCAAGGCAACCAGUUACACACCCAUUCCACUGAAGAGGGAACAGGUGAUAGCGAAGCUAAAAAAGGAGUUGCCUCGGGCAACAGCUCGGACUGUGUGCCUCAGCCUGUGGUGAACAAAUGUGAGACCAUUCAUAUUGCCAUCGUGUGUGCGGGGUACAAUGCGAGCAGAGAUGUCGUCACUUUGGUCAAGUCAGUUCUGUUUCACAGACGGAACCCACUCCACUUCCAUUUUAUCACGGACUCCAUCGCUCGGAAGAUCCUGGCCGAUCUCUUUCACACCUGGAUGGUGCCGGCCGUUCAUGUCAACUUCUAUGACGCUGAUGAGCUGAAGUCUGAGGUGUCUUGGAUCCCGAACAAGCAUUAUUCUGGCAUCUAUGGCCUGAUGAAGCUGGUGCUGACCAAAACGCUGCCCUCCGACCUACAGAAGGUCAUCGUCCUGGAUACUGACAUCACCUUUGCCACAGACAUCGCUGAGCUGUGGGUCGUCUUCCACAAGUUCAAAGGUCAGCAGGUUCUUGGUUUAGUGGAGAAUCAGAGCGAUUGGUACCUGGGGAACCUGUGGAAGAACCAUCGGCCAUGGCCAGCGUUGGGCAGAGGCUUUAACACAGGUGUGAUUCUGCUGUUGUUGGAUCGUUUGAGGAAGCUGAAGUGGGAACAGAUGUGGCGGCUGACGGCAGAGAGAGAGCUCAUGAGCAUGCUGUCUACAUCACUCGCUGAUCAGGACAUCUUCAAUGCUGUGAUCAAGCAGAACCCGUUCCUGGUGCACCAGCUGCCCUGUUUCUGGAACGUUCAGCUGUCAGAUCACACCCGCUCUGAGAAGUGCUACAAAGACGUGUCCGACCUCAAGGUGAUUCACUGGAACUCUCCGAAGAAACUGCGUGUUAAGAACAAACACGUGGAGUUCUUCAGGAAUCUCUAUCUGACGUUCCUGGAGUAUGAUGGGAAUCUGCUGAGGCGUGAGCUCUUUGGCUGUCCCAGUGAAACAGACCACAAUUCAGAGAAUCUCCAAAAGACCCUAUCCGAGCUGGAUGAAGAUGACCCAUGUUAUGAGUUUCGUCGGGAACGCUUUACUGUGCACCGCACACACGUCUAUUUCCUGCACUAUGAGUAUGAACCAACCUUAGAUAACACUGACGUGACGCUGGUGGCACAGCUUUCUAUGGACAGACUGCAGAUGCUAGAGGCCAUCUGUAAGCACUGGGAAGGCCCCAUCAGUCUGGCCCUCUACCUCUCAGAUGCCGAAGCCCAGCAGUUCCUGCGAUACGCUCAAGGCUCCGAGGUCCUGAUGAGCAGGAGCAAUGUGGGAUACCACAUUGUCUAUAAAGAAGGCCAGUUCUACCCUGUUAACCUGCUGCGUAAUGUUGCUAUGGGGCAGGUCAACACACCCUACAUGUUCCUGUCGGAUAUUGACUUCUUGCCCAUGUAUGGACUCUAUGAGUACCUCAGGAAAUCAGUUGUUCAGCUUGAUAUGGCGAACACUAAAAAGGCUCUUGUGGUUCCAGCGUUUGAAACGCUGCGCUAUCGGCUGUCCUUUCCCAAAUCUAAAGCAGAGCUCCUGUCACAGCUCGAUAUGGGCACUCUGUUCACAUUCAGAUAUCACGUCUGGACAAAAGGUCAUGCUCCAACAGACUUUGCCAAAUGGAGAACCGCUACAACACCGUACCGAGUUCAGUGGGAGGCCGACUUUGAGCCGUAUGUGAUGGUCAGACGAGAAAGCCCCGAGUACGACCGGCGCUUUGUGGGGUUUGGGUGGAAUAAAGUAGCUCACAUCAUGGAGCUGGACGCUCAGGAGUACGAGUUUGUGGUUCUGCCCAACGCCUACAUGAUCCACAUGCCACACGCGCCCAGUUUUGACAUCACCAAGUUUCGCUCAAACAAACAGUACCGUGCUUGUCUGAAGACACUGAAGGAAGAGUUUCAGCAGAACAUGUCCCGGCGCUACGGUUUCGCCGCGCUCAAAUACAUGACAGUGGAUAACAACAGCUAGCCGAGCACUUUGUCCAAGGAAGCGAUAAGAUAACUGCCAUGAGCUGAUCCAGGAGCGCUGUCUGACAGCACCUUUAUGGAUGUGUUCAGUGGAACUGAGAAAGCAGGGUCAUUAGGAGGCACGGCUCGUGAUCAUCCAUUCAUUCAGGGAUCUGAUGAGACGUUUAUCAAUGGUGUUUGACACCGGUGCCGAGAAUUAAACUCUUGAUUCGAAGUCACUUUUGUGAGAAGGCGAGCAGAUUCUACCAAUGGAAACUUCUAGGAAAAAAAACGAUGUCUUUUGUUUCUUAUUAAAAAUGGACAACAACACUGAUGCACUUCAGAUUAAAGCCUUGAAUCUGUCUGUCUCUCUUUCAUUCUGCCUGUCUGUCUCUCUGAAAGUCUAUCUAUUGGUUUGUUUACCUAUCAACCUUAUGUAUUCCUGUCUAGUUGUCUGCCUCUAUCUCUCUCUCUCUCUUCUUCUCUACAAUCGAUCCUUCUGUCUGUGCCUCUGUCUAAUAAUUUAUUUAUCUCUUUAACAAACUCUUUAUCUUUCUGCCUAACUAUGCCGAUUUUAGUCUGUCUGACAGUCUAUUUAACAAUCUGUUCAUAUCUUUCUCUCUCUAACAAUUUGUCUGUAUCUCUUUAUAUCUGUCUGUCUGUCUGUCUCUCUCUAUAUAAUUUUCCUAACAAUCUGUCUACAUCUCUGCCUAUAUCUUGUCUGUUUAACAAUGUCUGUUUAUUUAACACUGUCUGUAUUGGUUUAACAAUGUCUAUAUUUGUCUAUAUCUCUAUAUUUGUUUGUCUGCCUCUCUCCAUCUGAUUGUCUCUCUUUAUAUCAUCUGCCUGUCUAAAACUCUGUCUAUAUCUCUCUAUAACAGUUUAACAAUCUGUCAAUAUCUCUUUAUAUCUGUCUAAUUAUCUAUCUCUCUUUAUAUCAACAAUUUCUCUAAGGCUACGUUCACACUGUGAGCCUUCCGAUUUUUGCUCAGAUCUGAUUUUUUUUGUUUUGUAUAGCUGUUCACAUUGUUGUUUUAAAUGUGGCCAAUAUCAGAUUUCCAGUGUGAACAGAUCAUGGUUAUGAACUGACCUACAUACGCAAAAGACAGCUGGAAAAUGACUUCUCAGUUCCUUCUUUCUUGGGAGUUUCCCGGACGAGCCCCCAGCUGUUUUUUUUUUUUUUACCAUAAAAUCCACUCAUUUGCUUCUCAAAACUAGUCCAAACCUAGCGUGUUCCGUGGGGUAUUCCGGUAAAAAACACGUUCUGGGGGUUAAAUAUCGCGUUAAUGUGGUUGCUUAAACCCACGGAGUUGCAAAAAAAAACGCAGUAACAGUGAAAAAGUAACCCAAUUCUGCAGGAAAAUCGCAGAUUUGGCAACACACAUACGGAAGUAAACAUGGAGGGCAUUAAAGUAAGCGAUUACACGUUUAUUACUUAAAAGUUCUGACACAUCACUGCCCUUCUACUGACUUUGUAUGUAAAAUCUUUGAAUAGACUCCCAUGAGCGCAGAAUCGUGAUGAAUGUUGAUAUCGAGUGACAUAAAAAUCGCAUGAAUUCCGAUAUGACUGUUCACACUGCGGUCGCAUUACAAAUCAUCUGACCUGUAUCGGAUUUAGUACCACAAAUGGAAGUGGCACAAAUCGGAAUCGACAAGAUCAGAUUCCAUGUGGUUUGUACUGUUCACACCGUCAUGGGGAAAACAGAUACGAGUCACAUGUGGGCGAAACCAAAUCAGAUUUGGACCACAUUUACCUGCAGUGUGAACGUAGCCUAACAAUCUGUUUUCUCUCUUGAUUCAAGGUUUCAGUCUCAGUGUUGACACAGUUGUUGUGUGUUUUGAAGUAGUUGGAAAUGUUCAUUCUAACUGCAGAUGUGAACAGUGUAAUAAACAGGGAUCUUCAUUCAUCG